AUGGCAUGGCUUGUGAAUUCUAUGGAACCAAAUGUUGGACGGACUUAUCUCUUUUGUAAGACUGCUAGUAAAAUUUGGAGUGUUGUCCAAGAGAUCUAUUCAGAUCUUGCAAAUACUGCUCAGUGUUUCGAACUUAGAUCCACUAUUCGAUCCACCAAGCAAGGUAACAAUUUUGUAACUGAGUAUUACAAUAUCUUACCUAAGUUAUUGCAAGAGAUGGAUCUCUUCCAUGAGAUCACAUGGGAAUGCUCAGUUGAUGGGAGGAAAUAUGAUAAAAUGGUGGAGAAAGAACGAAUAUUUGACUUCUUACAUGGUCUAAAUCCAGAUUUAGACGAGGUAAGAAGAAGAUUGCUUGGAACCAAGCCUUUUCCCUCUAUGAGAGAGGUAUUUGCUGAGGUUAGAAGGGAGGAGAGUAGAAAGAAAGUAAUACUGUCCAAUCAUUCAACCAGUGGAGGAUUAUUACAGAAUUCUGCCUUGAAUACAACUCGAGGAAGGAUGUCUACUCUAACUAAAGGCGACAACCAGCGAGAAAAACAAUGGUGUGACUAUUGUAACAAGCCAUACCAUACAAAAGAGACUUGUUGGAAGCUGCAUGGAAAACCUCCUAAUUGGAAACCUAAGAAUCAAAGGAAAAAUGGACAAUCAGCUGCUUACAUGAUGGAAUCUGACAAGGGAACUCCAGCAUCGAUUUCUUUAACUCAAGAACAACUGGAAGUCCUUCACCAGUUGUUAACUCAAACCAAGAUACCAAAGUCGAUCGAAAGUUCAGACAGCAAUAACAAUUCUAUGGUAUCUUUGGCCAAGUAA